UUCCUGAAGAAAGUUUAAUUGCUGGCAAAUAUUUAUUCAAAUUUAUUUUUCACAUAUCGGAACACAUCUUAAAAUGCAAGCAGUUACUUAAUUACCCUCUGUCUGGGCGUUAUUCUAAAUGGAUUAAAUAUUUGUUCAGGCGAACCAGUAGACACAUGGCUUAACCUUUUCGAGAAAUUCGCUUCUGGGAAUCUGUUUAGAAUAAUUAGGGUAGCAAUUUGCAUAGAGCAGUGAAAGCUAAAAGAGUGCAGCAGACGAUUUUUAUCGUCACCGAGCUUGUCAAAUCCAACCUGUCCCAAAAACCAAACAAGGCUUAUGCUCGCCGAAAUGCUAAUUAAAAACGGGUUGCAUUAUCUUCGUGUUUUGUGUGUCGUCUUGUGAGUAUAAAAGCCGAAAAGCGAUCCCAAUUUGGCAUCAGUCUCACGAGUUCUCUAGUCUGACAAUCUAACUAAUUCACCAUGUUCAAGAUCCUGUUCGUCUGCGCCCUGGUCGCCCUUGUGGCCGCCAACGAGGACCCCGAGGUUAAGGAGCUGGUUAACGACGUCCAGGCUGAUGGCUUCGUCAGCAAGUUGGCCCUGGCCAACGGUGUUGUCUCUUCUGCCACCGGAGAUGUGCACGGAAACAUCGAUGGAGUGUUCGAGUGGGUUUCCCCCGAGGGCGAGCACGUCCGUGUGAGCUACAAGGCCGACGAGAACGGAUACCAGCCCCAGAGCGACCUCCUGCCCACUCCUCCCCCGAUCCCAGAGGCCAUCCUCAAGGCCAUCGCCUACAUCCAGGCCCACCCCAGCAAGGAAUAAGCGAUCGACACGACAAGGACUCAUCUUCGAACGGGAGAAGCAAACCUCCUUACCCUUAGAAUUUAAACAGCAUGCUGACUUAAUAAGUUUGAACAUCGAGUUGUGAAAUAAAUUCGAUAUUCUCUGGCAAA